CAAGGUACUCUUUUUGCCUCCUAUAGGCGCGCCAACCAUUUGGACAAGGAGGAAGCCUUCUUCUCCAAACCUCCCCUUAAACUCUCAAUAUAAGCCUUGGCCUGCAGUGUCGUUUUUAUCUCAAUCUGAGGCAAGGAGGCAUGGGUGCAGUUACAAACAUUACACCGGUUGUCAGCAAGAUCUAUUGCUUCUCCUCCCAGACUACAUUGAUGGUGAGGAGGCGGCCUCAAAUCGUGAACGGAGGCGGCUUGGUGGUCAUGAAUUCUAACCAGAAAGUGGUUUUCUCGGUCGAUGGCUGUGGGAUCCUCGGCGUCAAGGGAGAGUUGAUUCUAAGAGAUGGUGAUGGAGCUCCGGUACUCUUCAUUCGUAAGAAGGGAGGCGUCGUGCAAGCACUAAGUGCUCACAACCGAUGGAACAGCUACCUAAUGGACUAUGAAAGACCAAGCAAGCUAGUCUUUAGCUUGCGAGAGCCGAAAUCGCGUCUUCUGACGAAGAGUGCUAUAAAGAUCUCGAUUGAUGCAAAGGAGAAUGGCAAAGAUGGGAACUUUGAAGUGAAGGGAUCCUUCAGCGAGAGGGCUUGCACCAUCAUGGAUCGAAGAGGGAACGUCGUUGCCCAGGUGGGUCUGAAGGAGACGAUGGCAAACAAGGAUUUCUACCAUGUGGUGGUGCAACCAGGCUACGACCAGGCCUUCGUUAUCGGAGUGAUAGCUAUUCUUGACAAUAUACAUGGGGAGUCCACCAGGUGUUGAUGGGAAUAGAAGGAAGACCAAUACAGAAGGAGUUGGAAGUUGUACAGUAGAAGCUGGAUGCGGGAGCUGAGCAUGCUUCGGUCCAUGGGAUUGCCUCUCAAGCAUGGAUUGCAGCGUACUGUGGUUGUGGAGGUUCUUCACAGCCUGCAACCGAUCCAAACUUAUUAAAUAAAAUUACCACUGUUUCCUGUACAUGGUUAGCCAAUUAAUGGCAGGUAAAGCGAAAAAAAUUGUACGUAGAUAAUGUGUAAGUUAAAGAAGAGAGGGUUCUAGUUGCUCCUCUUUUGUUAUGGAAUUGCCUAUACGCAACCCUUUGUUAUUGCUAAACUAAUUAUGGAAUUUCACAGUGAGUUUAUCAUUUGGAUCCACAUACCUUAUUCAUUAUUAUAUUAAGGAGAAUGACUUCAAAUCC